AGAAGCUUUGGCGCGGAAUCUGUUGUUGUGAGCUGACGGAAUCUUCCAAUUAUUCAGUGUGCAAAGAAGGAACAAAUGGCUCCUGUUUCAAACCCAGAUAAAGAUGUAGACACCCCAGGCGCCGAUGGUGUUGGGGACGCGUGCGGCCUGGCUGCCUCUCGGUCCAGAAGGGAGAAGAGGGAGAAAGUAGGACGCAAAUCGGCUCUGGAGCAACUCAAACGAGCCAAGAAGGGAGAAAAAGUGAAAUAUGAGUUGGAUGACUGCGAGAACGUGUAUGAAGAGGUGGAUGAGGAGCAGUACUCACGCAUGGUGCGGGACCGACAAGACGACGACUGGAUCAUCGAUGAUGAUGGGACGGGUUACGUAGAAGAUGGUAGGGAGAUCUUUGAUGAAGAGCUGGAGGACGACGCACUGGCUGGUGGUGCUAAAGGCAAAAAGGGCAGCAAGGCAGCAGAUGCCAAGGACAAGAAGAAUGUGAAGAAGGUCUCCCUGGCCAAACCCAACAGCAUCAAGAGCCUCUUCAUGAACAGCAAUGUGAAGAAGCCAGCAGAGAAAGAUGUUGAUUUAUCCAAAGAUGACUUGCUGGGGGACAUUCUGCAAGACCUGCAUUCAGAGAAAUCUGCCAUUCUCACUCCUCCACCUGUGGUCACGCUCAAGAAGAAGAAAUCCGUUGGAUCCCCAAUGAACCCUUUCUCAGUCAAACCUCAGCCUCCUAAGGAUAUGCUGCCGUCUCCUGUGCCAAAGAUGAAGUUACCAGCCCCUGUGGCACCACUGCCUCCUGUCAAAGCGGCCCAGGCCCCCAAACCUGCCCCCUCAGUCAAAGCCAUUAAAGUGGAGGAGCCAGAGGAAGAAAUGCAAGAGCCGCUGGAGUUUGAUGACAUGGACUUUGACGAGCCGAUGGACCUGGGUAGCCAGGAGAAUAAGGAGGCGCAGGUCAAAACAGAGGUCAAGGCAGAGGUGAAAGCAGAGGUCAAACCCACGGUGAAGGUGGAACCCAAGAGUGAACCACAGGAUCCUAUGCUCAUCCCGGCCAUGACAGGGGGCUGGGCUAAGAUGGAGGAGGAUGGCGAUUCCGGCGAGGCUCCCAUGGAGGUGCAGGUGGACUCCAGCCAGCUGCCCCUGGUGGAGGGGCCCGAUGGGGAGAAGGUCUUCCGCUUAUACUGGCUCGACGCCUUCGAGGACCAGUACAGCCAGCCAGGCGUUGUGUUCCUGUUCGGUAAGGUGUGGAUUGAGUCGGCCAAAGCCCACGUCAGCUGCUGUGUGGCCGUACGGAACGUAGAGAGGACCAUGUACCUGCUGCCCAGGGAACACAAAGUCAACCUGAAGACGGGAGAGGUCACAGAUCAGCCAGUGGGUAUGAUGGAUGUUUAUCAUGAAUUCAACGCCCUCUCUGAGAAGUUCAAGAUCAUGAAGUUUAAAUCUAAGAAAGUGGAGAAGAAUUAUGCCUUUGAGAUCCCAGAUGUUCCCAGUCUAAGUGAAUACCUGGAAGUGAGGUAUUCGGCAGAGAUGCCUGCUCUGCCGUCUGACCUGAAGGGCUCCACCUUCUCCCACGUGUUUGGCAGCAACACUUCCAGCCUGGAGCACUUCCUCCUCAGCAGGAGGAUACGCGGACCCUGCUGGCUCGACAUCAAGACACCACAGUUGACCAACCAGGCGCUGAGCUGGUGUAAGGUGGAGGCCCAGGUCCUGAAGAGCGAGCUGGUCUCCGUGGUGAAGGACCUGCCGCCUCCCCCUCUGGUGGUCAUGUCCAUCAGCCUGAAGACCGUGCAGAACCCCAAGACACACCACAACGAGAUCGUGUCGCUGGCGGCCCUCGUUCAUCAUAACUUCCACCUAGACAAGGCGCCGCCCAGACCGCCUUUCCAGAACCACUUCUGUGUGGUGAGCAAACCCAAUGACUGCAUCUUCCCAUAUGACUUCAAGGAAGCUGUGAAAAAGAAGAAUGCCAAAGUGGAGAUUGCAGGAACGGAGCGUGCCCUGCUUGGCUUCCUUUUGGCAAAGAUGCACAAGAUCGAUCCUGACGUGUUAGUGGGUCAUGACAUCUUGGGCUUUGACCUGGAAGUGCUUCUGCAGAGGAUGCAGCACUGCAAGGUGCCUCACUGGUCCAAGAUUGGACGCCUGCGCCGUGUCAACAUGCCUAAACUGGGGGGUCGCAGUGGCUUCGCAGAGAAGAGCGCCACCUGUGGCCGUUUGGUGUGUGACGUGGAGAUCUCUGCCAAGGAGCUCAUCCGCUGCAAGAGCUACCACCUGACGGAGCUCACUGCUCAGGUGCUGAAGACAGAACGCGCCGUCAUUCCACAGGAGAACAUCAGGAACUUUUAUGGUGACUCGCAGCACUUGCUGUAUGUGCUGGAGCUGACGUGGAUGGAUGCCAAGCUGAUCCUGCAGAUCAUGUGUGAGCUCAACGUGCUGCCCCUGGCCCUGCAGAUCACCAACAUCGCCGGAAACGUCAUGUCUCGUACCCUGAUGGGCGGCCGUGCAGAGAGGAACGAGUUCCUCCUGCUGCAUGCUUUCCAUGAGAAGGAUUACAUCGUACCUGACAAGCAGAUCUUCAAGAAGCCACAGCACGACCUGGUGGAGGAUGAGGAUGAUGAUGGUGCGGGUAAAGGGACUGCGAAGAAGGUCCGGAAGAAGGCUGCAUAUGCUGGAGGACUGGUGCUGGACCCGAAAGUUGGUUUCUAUGACAAGUUCAUCCUGCUGCUGGAUUUCAACAGCCUGUACCCCUCCAUCAUCCAAGAGUUCAACAUCUGCUUCACCACCAUCCAGAGAGUGGCAGCGGGCACGCAGAAGAAGACCGAGGAUGACGAUGGGGAUGAGAUUCCUGAGGUUCCAGACCCCGACCUGGACAUGGGCGUUCUUCCCAAGGAGAUCCGCAAGCUGGUGGAGCGGCGUAAGCAGGUGAAGCAGCUGAUGAAGCAGCAGGACCUCAACCCCGACCUCUACAUGCAGUAUGACAUCAGACAGAAGGCCUUGAAGCUGACGGCCAACAGCAUGUACGGAUGCCUGGGCUUCUCAUACAGCCGCUUCUACGCCAAACCCCUGGCUGCUCUCGUCACACACAAAGGCAGAGAGAUCCUGAUGCAUACCAAAGACAUGGUGCAGAAGAUGAAUCUGGACGUCAUAUAUGGUGACACAGAUUCCAUCAUGAUCAACACCAAUAGUGCCAACCUUGAGGAGGUCUUCAAACUUGGCAACAAGGUGAAGAGCGAGGUCAACAAGCUGUACAAGCUGCUGGAGAUCGACAUCGACGGCGUCUUCAAGUCGCUGCUGCUGCUGAAGAAGAAGAAGUACGCAGCGCUGAUGGUGGAGAACCACGGCGACGGCAAAUACACCACCAAGCAGGAGCUCAAGGGGCUUGACAUCGUACGCAGAGACUGGUGCGACCUGGCCAAGGAGUGCGGCAAUUAUGUGAUUGGCCAGAUCUUGUCUGACCAGAGUCGUGACAGCAUUGUGGAGAACAUCCAGAGGCACCUGAUAGAGGUGGGGGAGAAGGUGGCCAGUGGCAACAUACCCCUCAACAUGUUCCAGAUUCACAAGGCGCUGACUAAAGACCCCCAGGACUACCCGGACAAGAAGAGCCUGCCCCACGUGCACGUGGCCCUGUGGAUCAACUCCCAGGGGGGCAAGAAGGUCAAAGCCGGCGACACUGUCUCCUACGUCAUCUGCCAGGAUGGCUCCAACCUGAGUGCGAGUCAGCGGGCCUACACCCAGGAGCAGCUCCAGAAGCAGGAGAACCUGAGCCUGGACACGCAGUACUACCUGGCCCAACAAGUGCACCCCGUGGUGGGACGCAUCUGCGACCCCAUCGAGGGCAUCGACGGAGUGCUCAUCGCCACCUGGCUAGGGCUGGACCCCAGCCAGUUCCGUGCUCAGCAGCGUCAGCAGCGUGAGGAUGAGAAUGACGGCAUGCUGGGGGUUCCGGCCCAGCUGACAGACGAGGAGCGCUACCGGGACUGCGAACGCUUCACCUUCUCCUGCCCGCAGUGCAGCACAGACAACACCUACGACAACGUCUUCGAAGGAGCUGGUACUAAGCUUGAGCCGGGCCUGCUGCGGUGCUUCCAGGUGUCGUGUGAGGGCCACCCCGUGGACCACUACACCCAGAUCAGCAACAAGCUGCUGCUCGACAUACGCAGACACAUCCGCAAAUACUACAGCGGCUGGCUCCAGUGUGAGGACCAGGCGUGUACCCAUCGCUCCCGCCGGCUGCCCAUCCUCUUCUCCCGCAGUGGACCCGUCUGCCCCAGCUGCUCCAAGUACACACUCCGGCCUGAGUACUCUGAGAAGGCCCUAUACAACCAGCUGAGCUUCUACCGAUACAUAUUCGACUGGGAGUACGCUGUUACCAAGGUCCUCGCACCAGAAGACAGAGGAAUGGUGAAGAACCGCUGGGCCCAGGAGAAGCAGGCGUACAAGAAGCUGAAAGACGUGGUGGACCGCGCUCUGAUCUCCAGCAGCUACUCCGAAGUCAACCUGGCCAAACUCUUCCAGGCUUUCGCAACAUUCAAGUAAAGCCCUCCCUCCCUCCGCCCAUGCUACGCAGCCCAAAAAGGGACAUAUGAAAGAGAAAAAAAGUUUUUUCUUUUUUCUUUUCCCACAUCCCUUUAGUGUCGUGUCCCCUUUUGGACUGAGUGUGCACCAUGUUUGAGCUGUGGCUGUGGUGAUGUGUCUCAAAGCUGCAACACAAGACAAAUCUAUGUGAUUUGUUUUAAGAACUACCAAGGCAGCUUUCUCAAACGUUGAUACUCAAAAAAAAAACAACUCAAAUGCAGAUCAUCACUUUAACCUCAGUUUUUUUAAACUGUUGUCUGUAUUUAAAGUCACAAUUUUCCCAUUCCAUGGACCAGCCAUUUGCACCAUUGUUAUCGACCCCAAAGUUUCUCCCAUCAUUCCUUGUGUGAAGCCGAAUUACCUUUCCAUUUUCGAGGCCAGUGUCUAAUCAGAACUGGGUCAGUGUGGAGUGCCGCCUACAAUUAAAGCGCUCUGGUAUCACCCUUUCGCGCCAUUGUGUCAUUCGAGUCUUACAGAGGCCUCAUCGUGGUCAUAUGGUCACGCUCUCUUCUCUUCUUGGACACAUAUAUGCUAUAGCAUAUGUGAGUGGGAGUGUGUAUGUGGGGGGGGGGGUCAGCUCUAAUGGUGGAUCGGCGGAUUGAUGACAGUGUGUCCAUCAUAUCGUAUAGGCUCAGUUUGAGCCUUGGUCAAUCACCUUGCUCUCCCGACCACCACUUUUAAUACCACGCACGCACGCGCACACACACACUCACACACACACACCAUGACGACACCCCCCAUCCUGAACCAUCUCAUAGCCUCUCCAGGCGGUGUUCCAUGUGUCUCUUAAUCGACAAUGAUUCCUGAGCGAAACUGCUGGACAUGAGAGGAUAAAGACCCUCUCAGGUGGUGCCCUGCCCUACACACACACACACACACACACACACACACACACACACACACACACACACACACACACAGGGUCCAGUUUGUCCAGGGGGUCCGCACACAAGGGAAUACCAAUCACAGCUGAGUAACAGGCAGGAGCACGGAGAGCAUAGGGGGAGUCCUGAGUGAUGGGAUCAGAUCGCUGGAUCUCUGGCACUGUAAUGACUUCUCCCAUCACUCACACACACACACACACACACACGCACACAGCACACAGCAAUUAGUGAAUGACACAUAGGUACAAUGCCUUUGAUUCUGAAGAUGGCAGCUUGCGCGCACCCAUUUUGGAUGUGAUUGGCCACUUGUAUGAAUGAGCCUGCGUUUUGGAGCCUGUUGAGCUUUUUGACUACAGGGAGAUGACCAGGAGAGGAGAACAGAGGAGGGGGUGAUGGCAUUUGGGUGGUCUAAUAUCAAUGGCCAACAGGUGUAUGUCAUUGUGUCUAUGUGAUAUGUCGAAUUUUGUCUGUUUGCAUUUGAUUGGGGAUGUUUUUAAUGUCUUACACAUCUUUAUGAUAAUUUCUGGGGGGUUUUGUAGUUCAUGUAGCCCUGAUUGUAUUGACUGUUUUUGAUACGAACUUGAAUAAAAAUAUUAUUUGUAAAGUA